GUUCAGAUCUGAUGCUCGCUGUGCUACAGUCGCAGCAUGUAAACACGCUCACCAACAACUUUAUUUCGCUGGAAAUUCACUGUUCUUCACAGAACCGAGCGGAAUCUCGUCGUACAGUCUCUGCAGAACAGGAAACCGACAACAUGAACGCGCUGGAUGAAGGCGCAGAGACAGAGGCUCUGCCCAGAGAUGUCGCCCCAAAGAACACGUCGAAAAGAAGCACGAAUGAGCCAAACACAUUGCACUUCUCAAUCAACACGACAUGGAACGGAGAACCCAUCGACCACGACCCCAUCACCAUGUCCAUCGAAGGUCACCCGGACCAUGUGACAUGGCGCAUUGACGCUCCCUACAUGGGUGACCCUUCACCCACCGCCAAGCCGGGGGAGCCUUUGUGGCAACUCUGGGAGUACGAAGUCGUGGAGGCAUUCUUCCUCAACGAUGACGACCAGUACCUUGAAGUGGAACUUGGCCCGCAUGGACAGCACAUCGCCCUCCUGCUCCACGGCCCCCGCAACAUCUUGCGACACUCCCUCCCUAUGCAGGUCUCCUCUAGCAUCCAGGGCUCCAGAUGGACGGGCGUUGCCACCAUUCCUAUAGAAUAUUUUCCUCCCCGAGUGAAUAGAUUCAACGCAUACGCAAUGCAUGUUCCUGGAGUACGACGGCAUCAGGAGAGCCUGUACCCAGCUGACCCCAAGAAACUCGCUGAGGCUGAAUUCCACGCUCUGGAGUACUUCCAGCCUCUGGACCUCGAAUCCAUCGUUGACGGCUACUGGCAAAGAUCUCAGUCGCAGCUCUGGAACGACUCCAUGCAAGGCAUCUAUCGCUACACAAUUCGUACAACAUGGAAUGGGGAGCGUGUGCACCACACACCCGUCACCAUCACCCUGCGCGAGCAGAAACAAUCCGGAGUGUUGGUGAACAUCUCAGCGCCUUUCUACAACGACGCACGACCAAUGGAAAAUCCUGAACAUUGCUUGGACGACAUCAGCGACCACGAGGUUGUGGAAAUAAUUUUCGUGAACGACAAAAUGGAGUACCUGCAAGUGGACAUGGGUCCCUGGGGCCACUACCAGGUCUCUCUCUACACCGGAGUGCGCAGGAAGGUCCAGAAAUCCUUGCCAUUAAACUUCACCGUCAUAUCCCGACGAACUGGAGACGACGACGAGACUCCUGGCGAGUGGACGGGGGUGGCUCUCAUCCCUGCCGAGUAUUUCCCGCCAAACGUGACGCGGGUGAACGCGUUCGCCAUGAACGGCGUUGGCGACCACCGCGUUGACGAGGCUCUUUACCCCGCCCCCCACAACGAUCCUCAUUACUCCAGGCCUGACAAUCAUAAGCUGGAGCUGUUUGAGAAGAUAGACAUUGAGAACUUGUUGGAAGUGAACCACCAGCAAACGAGCUACUCAGACACAUGGAAGGCCGUUUUACGGACCAGAGAUCCGAAGUCCGCCGUCACCGCCGGAGCGCGACGCGUUCCUGUCGUGUCGCCGGCAAUGAUCACGCUCGCCGCAGGGGCGCUGGUAGUCGGCGCUCUGCAGUUCUGGAGAGCCGCACGCUAGCGCCACAGGUGCAGAAAUGCUUUGCGACCACUCCAGCUUAAAGGUAUACUAGGAAGCCAUUGGUAGUGUAGACCAUUCCAGAUAUGAAAUCCAUGGUUAAAUUAUAAAGGUUGACCCACGAGGACCUCCGUUUUUCAGUUCAGCUUUCUUGUUA